GGAGUGGAAGACAAGGAAGUAAGGGUGUCAGGCUUCAGGCACCUCUCUGUACACAAUGGAGUUUGUUGAGCUGAUCAAAACCCCUCGUGUGGACGGGGUGGUCCUCCACCGACCCUUCAUGCCUACAGUAGAGGGAACUCUGUGUCUAACAGGACAUCACCUCAUCCUGUCCUCUCGCCAGGAUAACACUGAAGAACUCUGGCUGCUACAUGCUAAUAUUGACUCUACUGAGAAAAGACAAAAUAAUGUUUGCAGAUUUAUCGGGUCACUUGGAACUAUUAUUGUAAAGUGUAAAGACCUGCGAGUGAUUCAGCUGGAUAUACCAGGCAUGGAGGAAUGUCUUAAUAUUGCCAGCUCAAUCGAGGCUCUGUCCACGCUGGGCUCUGUCUCCCUGAUGUAUCCCUUCUUCUACCGUCCUCUGUUUGAGGUUAUAGAGGAUGGAUGGCAGUUGUCCCUCCAAGAGGAGGCUUUCAAAGAACUGGAGUCUAUGACAGAUGAAUGGAGACUGAGCAAGGUUAAUAAAGACUUCAGUGUGUGCCCCUCCUACCCCUCCUUGCUGACUGUGCCCAAAGACAUUGAUGAUGAAACUCUCUGCAAAGCUGCUUCCUUCCGCCAUGGUGGCCGCUUCCCUGUGCUCAGUUACUACCACAAGAAAAAUGGCAUGGUGAUAAUGCGAGCAGGGCAGCCACUAACAGGAACCAACGGGCGUCGCUGCAAAGAGGAUGAGAAACUGAUCAAUGCCACGCUUUCUGCAGGGAAGCGUGGUUACAUCAUUGACACACGAACGAUAUCUGUAGCGCAGCAGGCUAAAGCUCGCGGAGGUGGAUAUGAACAGGAGGCUAACUACCCACAGUGGAGGAGGAUCCAUAAAGCUAUUGAGAGGUCCAUUGUUCUGCAGGAGAGUCUGAUAAAGCUGGUGGAGGCGUGCAAUGAUCAAUCUCACAAUAUGGACCGCUGGCUCAAUAAACUUGAGGCCUCCAACUGGCAAAGUCAUGUAAAGGAAAUCCUCACUACUGCUUGCCUGGCUGCACAGUGCAUUGAUAGGGAAGGGGCUUCAGUGUUGGUUCAUGGCACUGAGGGCACAGAUUCAACACUGCAGGUGACCUCACUAGCCCAGAUCAUCCUCGAUCCAGCAUGCAGAACCAUCCGUGGCUUUGAGGCUCUGAUUGAACGAGAGUGGUUACAGGCUGGUCACCCGUUCCAGCAGCGUUGUGCUCAGUCUGCGUACUCCAGCAGAAAGCUGCGCAGUGAAGCGCCUGUCUUCCUGCUCUUCCUGGAUUGUGUGUGGCAGAUCUUGCGUCAGUUCCCAUGCUCUUUCCAGUUCAACGAGAACUUCCUGAUCAUUCUCUUCGAACAUGCCUAUGCCUCACAGUUUGGCACUUUCCUUGGAAACAGAGAGGCCGAGAGGGUGAAGCUACAGUUGUCUCAGAAAACAGUAUCUCUGUGGUCAUGGGUGAACAGACCUCAGGAGCUGGAGCGAUUUCUCAACCCACUGUAUGAGACCAAUAACCUGGUGAUCUGGCCCUCUGUUGCCCCUCAGAGCCUUUUGCUGUGGGAGGGGGUGUUCCUUCGCUGGAAUCGCUCCACAAAAUGUUUUGAUGAGGCUUAUCAGGAGAUGGUCCAUAUUAUAGAGUACAACAAGGAGCUGCAGAACAAAGUUAACAGCCUCCGGAGACAGCUGGCCCAGCUCGAGAUGGAAGACAGCCCACUGCAGACUCCAUAAAACAUGACAGUCCAACAUACUGAGAGGUUUAAACUAGGGCUGUCAAUUUAACGCAUUAAUAACAUGCAAUAAAUUUUACAAAAAAUAAUGCGUUAAAAAAAUUUACGCAAUUAAUCGCAAUGCUUUCCUGAGAAAUGCAAGCUUGUAGUACCACCUGUUUACUCCAGAGGGCAGUAAGUGAAAUUUCAGCUGUGUUACCUCACAAAUAUAUAAUUACCAACAAGGUUAAGGAGGUGUCCUUUAAACUGUUACACCGUUUUUACCCAGUCAAUCUUUAUUUAAGAAACAUGCUCCCUGAAAUCGAUCCACUUUGCUCCUUCUGUAAUGCUGUAGAUGAAUCUGCCCCUCACAUUUUUGGGAAUGUGUCCAUGCUGUAGUAUUUUGGAGAGAAUUUUGUUUGUACGUACCUCUAUUUUAACUCGUUUUUCUUUUUUUUUUUUAAAUACGUUUUAUUUUGAUUUCACAGUUUUGAUAAGUUAAUAUUUUCUGAUUUAUGUGUAUUUUUUUAUUUGCCAAGUUUUUUUUAUACAUAAUUGUAAAUUUUUGUCUAUAAAGCCCCUAUUUGCACAUUUUUGUAAAGACUUAAAAUAUUAUUUAAAUACUCUUUGUACCUCCAACAACUCCAAAGCAUUGAAAAACAUUGCACUAUGUAAUGAAUAUAAUGUCUUGGCAUUAUUGUGAAAUAUAUCUGUAGUAUUGUGUACUAUGUACCCCUGGCUUGUUUCAAAAAGAAUGUCUGACGCAGGAGUACAUUGACGGAUCCUUAAACAAGCCCUGAUAAUUAAUCUCCAACUGAUUGACAAAUUCACUUGUGAAAUGGAUUGCUGUGAACUGUAUGCCAAUGAUUGACUUAUGAUCAAUAAUAUUUUAGUAAACAAUACAUUGUAUUCUAAAGCUGCUUUUUGAAUGUUCUUAUCAAUGAUGAACUCUUCU